AUGGAAUCGCUCUUCGGCAUCGUUGGCAAGGACUUCGUCAUUCUCGCGGCUGACUGCAAGGUCGCCCGCUCGAUCCUCGUGUACAAGGACGACGAGGACAAGAUGCAAACGCUCGAUUCGCACAAGAUCAUUGCGGGCGCCGGCCCCCAAGCCGACCGCGUCGAGUUCUGCGAGUAUGUGCAGAAGAACAUGAAGUUAUACCAGCUCACACACGGCGUGACGCUGAACGGCCAUGCGACGGCCAACUAU